UACCUCUCACAGCUAGAAAGUCUCUUGGAUUAGAAGACCUACGCUUGGAUCUAACAAACUCUUGGGAAGAGACUAAGCUGUUCCAGCUACAAAGACUCCAAAGAAAAAUGCAAAUCAGUAUCUGAAAAUACCAUUACUUGAAUUUUCUGAAGUAUAUAAAACUGCCAUGUUCAGCUCCCAAGAGUCCAGAUCUGUGCAUUCAGCAACAAGAUGAUGCUGGACUCAGUAAGCCACAAUACGUUCCUGCCAAAUCCAAUGCUCUGUGAAUCCCUAACGUCUUGGUCAGAACUAUUUGGACCAACUGAAGAAAACUACCUCCCAUUUGAUCACCAAACAGGCUGUGAUUCUUCCUGGACCUCUACCCAUCCAGAGUACUGGACAAGGCACAAUGUCUGUGAAUGGCUGCAGUUUUGCUGUGAUCAAUACAAACUGGAUGCCAACUGCAUUUCCUUUUCCCACUUUAACAUAAAUGGCCAACAGCUGUGCAGCAUGACUCAAGAGGAGUUUUUAAAUGCAGCAGGCAUUUGUGGCGAAUAUCUGUUUUUUAUCCUACAGAACAUCAAGUCUCACGGCAUCUUCUUUCAUGAUAAUGAAGAAACAAAGUCAUCUGACAAACUUUAUGAUGAUAAGGCAUGUUUGAGAACAGGCGGCGUCAAGAGUCAAGAAUUUCAGAGUCACAAUAGAACAAGUCUACAAAGUUCUCACUUAUGGGAAUUUGUAAGAGACCUCCUUCUGUCUCCUGAGGAGAACUGUGGCAUCCUUGAAUGGGAAGACCGGGACAAAGGCAUCUUUCGAGUGGUUAAAUCAGAUGCUCUGGCAAAGAUGUGGGGACAGAGAAAGAAAAAUGAUAGAAUGACGUAUGAAAAAUUAAGCAGAGCACUUAGGUACUAUUACAAAACUGGGAUUUUGGAACGAGUGGACAGGAGGUUAGUGUACAAAUUUGGAAAGAAUGCACACGGCUGGCAAGAGAGCAAGUUGUGAAAGACCCCAUGUUUCAGACUGACAUUAUCUCAUAAACAACAUGAAGUCUUCACAGUAAAGGAAGUUCACUGCAGCCCUUCCACAGAAUAAGAUGAGACCAUCUGUUCUGAACAACAGGAUAAAGUAACAAUGACAAACUUCUUGAACUGGGAGGGUUCGCUGUCAUCCGUGGUUUUGGACUAGCAUCAUCACCUGCAUAGCACUUAAGAAAAUAAUUCCUAUAACCCGCUCCAUAGACCUUUCCAAGUUUCAAAUUAUAUCUGUAGCAGUCCUCUCAAUGGCAAGAAGAGUGACAGUUUUCCAUUUGGAAAAGCAAGUUCUUCAUCACCAGAGCCAUGUACAUUGUACUCUAUGGAAUGAGUGUAUAUCACCUGUAUUAUAUCACAGGUAUAUCACAGUAUAUCACCUGUAUUAUAUCACAGGUAUAUCACAGCAUUGUCUUGCAGACAAUACUGGAAGGAUUAUGGAGUAUCUUUAGUGUCCCUUUUUACAUUUCCAAGUGUUUUCUUAUCUGCUCUAUCACGGCAGAUUAAAAAUUGUUUCACACUUUGCAUAGCAACUGUUUGAUCACAGUUGUGUUGGUGAUCCACUAGUGUUUCGCACAGUGUAUAUAUGCAAAGGAUACACAGAAAGUAGACAUGCUCCAAAGGCACACAGCCAAUUAAGCCUGUCCAGCACAUGUCACCAACUAUUUUGGAUUUCCAGCUGCCUUUCACACCUUACACAUUUGGUGAUAGAGAAAAUAAAAUAACACUGAUAUAGCUACAGAAACCACAAUUGGCUCAUGAGCAGUCCUGUUAAUCAAUGAAUGUCGUCAUCUUUUCAUGCAACCCAACAAAGAAUAAGAAAAUUGUUGCUGUGAUUAUAUUCCCUCUCUCAGUCCCCAUUUCCAAGUAUGUGCAUGAAAAAAAUCCCAUUAUGUUUCAAAGGUACAUAUGAAUGGAUAAAUGUUUCAAAUCAGGGCCUUCAUUUUUAAAAGUUUUAUAAUCAACUUUUUUUUAGUUUGUACUCUGUUGGUUGAUUACAGUAAGUCAGAUGCCAUUAAUCCUGUCCUGCAUUCAAUGUAAGGUAGGGGAGUAUAUUACUUAUUUCCUUGAGCCUAGGAAAGAUGGUACAUACAUAUUUUAAAUAAAUUAAAUGAGAAUUAAUGCAAGGAUUUAUUUUACACACACACACACAUACACAAAUAACACUCCAAAUGUUUUUUUAAAAGCAAAAUGUUGGAUUCUAUUUUGGGAGGAGCAUGAAAUAUUUUUGUAAUUUCCACAUAGGAAAGUGGCUUCUGUGGUUUCCCUGUUGCUGGUGCAGCUGCAGGUAAAGUGUAGGCACAAUGGGGCUUUUGCAUGAAAGUCUCCCCUGAAUUUUUCCCACCCCACCCCCCAGCAGUGGCCAUC